CAAUUCCCACUGUCGAGUUCCAAGUCGUUAGCCACACUCCACCCUGCUACUGUUUCUCUCUCUCUCCCCCUCUUUAUCCCGGUCGACUUCGGAAGCCAAAACCCACCCAAAAACAAAAAAAAAACAAAAAUUCUCAUUUCACAGCCAUGGCUUCCUCAACCGACCUCAAGAAAAUACUAGGUGACCUCAACAAGGACUCCUUCAUAUCCCUUCUCUCCAAGCUUAUUGGGGAGUCCAAGUACCUCCAAAACAACCCACCUGAACUGAUCCCUCAGGAGGACCGAGCGGUCAAGCACGUGCUUGAUUCCCUCCUGCCCCUUAGCACCACCACAGGCGGUGGACCCUUGGUGAUCAACCAUGUAACAUACUUUCCUGGCAGAGGAAACGUUAUUGUAGAAUACCCAGGAACUGUGCCUGGGAAGAUCUUGUCCUUUGUGGGGUGUCACAUGGACGUGGUCACUGCAAAUCCUAAUGACUGGGAGUUUGAUCCAUUCUCAUUGAGCAUUGAUGGUGAUAAGCUUCGUGGCCGUGGAACCACUGAUUGCUUGGGCCAUGUUGCACUUGUAGCUGAGCUCAUGAGACGGCUCGCAGAGACAAAGCCAAAAUUGAAGUCCACUGUGGUUGCAGUCUUUAUAGCAAAUGAAGAAAAUUCUGCCAUUUCAGGUGUUGGUGUGGAUGCACUCGUGAAGGAUGGGCUACUCAGUAAGCUAAGGGAAGGACCUCUGUUUUGGAUUGACACGGCAGAUAAACAACCUUGCGUUGGUACUGGUGGUAUGAUACCUUGGAAGCUUCAUGUGACUGGCAAGCUUUUCCACAGUGGUUUAGCACACAAGGCUAUAAACCCUUUGGAGCUAGCUAUGGAAGCACUGAAAGAGAUCCAGUCACGGUUCUAUAGAGACUUUCCUCCCCAUCCUAAGGAAGAGGUCUACGGAUUUGCAACACCGUCAACCAUGAAACCAACUCAAUGGAGUUAUCCUGGGGGCGGAAUAAAUCAAAUUCCAGCAGAGUGCACAAUUUCAGGAGAUGUCAGGUUAACUCCCUUCUACAAUGUUAAGGACGUGAUGGAAAAGCUUCAAGAAUAUGUGGAUGACAUUAAUGAAAACAUUGGAAAGCUUGACUCACGAGGUCCGGUGUCAAAGUAUGUCCUACCAGAUGAAAACUUAAGGGGAAGCCUCACAUUAAGUUUUGAUGAGACGUCGUCUGGAGUUGCUUGUGAUCUCAACUCCCGUGGCUUUCACGUAUUAUGUAAAGCUACUGAAGAGGUUGUUGGGCAUGUGAAGCCUUACUCAAUUACUGGAAGUUUGCCUCUCAUUCGAGAACUGCAGGAUGAAGGAUUUGAUGUUCAAACGUCUGGCUACGGCUUGAUGGCCACAUACCAUGCCAAGAAUGAGUACUGCCUUUUUUCCGAUAUGCGCCAAGGCUACCAGGUGUUUGUCAGCAUUAUCUCUCAACUAGAGGACUGAGAAAUAGCAAAGAGAAAAGAAGAAAACUAGAAGACUGAGAAUAACAAGUUGCAAUGAUACUACCAAAUCACACCAAAAAUGAAUCUGCCUAUUUUUCUGAUAGGUGCCAAGGCUACCGGGUGUUUGUUAGCACCACGCCUCGAGUCUUGACUAGAAGAAUGAGAAUCGAGGGGAAAAUAAAGGGAAGUGAAAAGAAAGUAGAAGAUUGAGAAUAAUGAGAAAUUGUAAAUGAUACCUACCGAACCAUGGCUGAUCGGUAUUGUUCAGAAUUUCCAAUAGUCAUAGCUAAGCAAAAUGUUAAUUUUUAACUCUGGUUACGCGAAGGGCUUGUGUUUUUUCGUUGAGUUGAGUACAUGUGAAGUGUUUAUGGUUGUUAUCCCUAUUUUCAUAUAUGUUUGAAGGCGAAAUUCUGUA